AUGCACAGUGUGGUUAACCAGGCUAGGGAGGAGAGAAGCCUGGUGUAUGGGAGUUCUAGGUCCUCCCAUCCGGACUCAGAGCUGCUCCAUCGCCAGGCUUAUGGCACACCCCACCCUCUGCAGGGCUACGCAACCAAUCACCAUCCUGGUAGCUCUGGACAGGGCGGGGCAUGGGGGGCUGGGCGGAGUCUAGGCUUAUCUGGGCUGUUUGAUCCUGGGCUACACCAUGCCAGUCCCUCUGGUCCAGACCCAUCUGUCAUGAACCUGAUUUCAGCACUGGAGUCCCAGGGUCGGCAGCCACCCCCCUCAGCCUCCUCUCUCCUCUCCCAGUUCCGAACACCCGCCUGGCAGACUGCGAUGCACACUCAGCCAGAGCUCUUCAUUGGGUCUGGCUCCUUCCCCUCCUCCUCCCUCUCGGCCUACCAGCACCCAGCCUCRUURUCRGGGCGGUCCUUCCCUGGCGCCUCYCUCUCCCUCCAGGACUCCCCCACCUUCAGCCCCACGUCCAACGGCCUCCUGUCCCCCCARGACCCCCUGCUGCACAUCAAGACYCCCUCSCAGUCCAGCCUGGGCUUCGACCGCUUACUCUCRUCACAGGGCGCCGCCUACCGAGGGUCGCAGGACCCCACAGGCCCGCCGCAAACCACCUCGUCAGGCCGCCACCUACCCCCUCCCCAGUUUAACCUGCUGUCSUCCCAGCUCCAGGARCAGUCCUCCCAGUUGUACAACGCCUCUGUGUUCUCAUCGGCACCUGCCCCUCCGCCACCCCAGGAAAGGGCCAUCCCCCGGCAGGACAGCGUGAUCAAGCACUACCAGCGCUCCUCUCCGGCUCAGUCGCAGCUCUCCUCCUCAGCCUCCCAUCCCCUGCAGCACUACCUCAGCUGUGGGGCAUCGGGGUACCAGCAGAUUUCCCACCACCGGCAUGGAGGGGUGUCCUGCAGUCCGCUGGGGGAGCAGAGCCCUUCAGCAGACCCCAAACCCUCCCCCCGMUCAGACCAAGUGUACCGCCCCAUCAUCCAGACCCCGUACACCUCCUCAGCCGCCUCCUCGUCAGGAUCAGGUGGAGGUCUAGGGAAGGGGGCUAAGAACUCCAGCUCCAGUAGUGGCUACUCCUCCUCGGGCUCCUCGUCGUCCCGAACCCCCCACACCCCACCCUCAGCCUCCUCCACCUCCUCGUCCUCCUCAAACUCCAACCCUAACCCUUCCUCCAGCUCUUCGUCUGCCCCCUCCAGACAGCAGCCCCCGACUCAGUCGGCGCCCCCUCCCCCUCCAGUCUCCUCCGCCCCGGCCCAGCAGCCUCCUCCUAAACCCUGCUUGUCAGCAUAUGGCUCCCCUGUGGCCCCCGUCAAGCCCACCGCAGGCCUCCCUGGACAGACACCUCCCCAGCAGCAGCAGUCCUACUCCCCCAACCAGCCCCCUCCCUCACACCUCCCCUCCCACCAACCCUAUGGGGGCUUCAGCUCCCCCCAGGCCCAGGACCUGACCUCUGGCCCUGGGAGUUCUGGGAAAGGGUAUGGAGGACUAGGGCCAGGAGGCCGCUCCUUCUCUGCCGAGGUGGUCUACGGGACGGACUCAGGAUACGGCUCGCUGCCUACCUCCCUCGGGGGAGCAGGCAGUCCCUCGUUGGGGUACGGUGGCCCAAGGCACUCCCCUGCCCUCCUGGGGUCUGGGGGUGGUGGAGGGUCAGCCGGCAGUGGMGCAGGGUCCGGGGCUGGUGGAUCAGGAGGUGGGGGUGCAGGAUCAGGUGGUAGCAGUGGAGCUGGGGGAGGCAGCUCGUACCACCUCCCUGACUCCAGCCCCUCUCCCUCCAGCAACUCUGGCAUCAUUCGACCUGGGCUGCACUCUCCUGCUCCCGCCCGRCCUGCCCAGUCCCCCGGGGGAAACAAAUACCUCUCCUCCGUCCUCUCCCCUGCCUUCCUGUCCUCUCCGCAGGGCUACCCCGACACCCGAGGCCCCCAGCCUCAGUCUUACCACCCCACGCCCCCCAAGCCCAAGCCAGAAAGCGACAUGCUGGGAGUGGAGCGCUCUCAAGACGAGGAGGAUGACGAUGACGAUGACUUCCUGAUCCAGCACUUGCUGCAUGCCCAGAGCCCUGCGCCCCUCCCGUCCCAGCACCACCCCGAGCAGCAGCCGCCCCAGUCCAUCRCUCAGGCCAGGGAUGGGGGCAAAGGUCUGGCCUACGACCUUAGUAAGGCCUCUGAGGAGCGCUACCACCUGCAGAGUGUCAUCCGCACCAACAGCGCCACCAACAGCACGGUCCCCGGUACUGCAGGUAACGUCAGCGGAGGUGACCUGGAGAGCCAGUUGGAGAUGUCUCUGAAGAAACAGCAGCAGCAGGCCAAGAACGAACGAGGGCUGUCUGGAGCAGGAGCCAGCGGAGGAAGAGGAGGGGCAGACUCCCUCUCCCACCCCAACCCUCACGUCCCCUAUCCGCAGCAACACGACUCCCUCGGCUCAGUGGUGCACUACGGCAGGAGCGACCCUUACUCCCAACACCCUCACUCCCAGCACCCCCACCAUCCCUCGCAGGCCCCCUCACACCCCCAACAUACCCAGCACUCCCGACACGCCCACCCCCACUCCCAUGGCCACCCUCACAUGGAGCUCAAAAAGCCUCCCGACCCGUCCGAGCUGCCAUACCUGCGGAAGACACCCGAACUGCAGCAGCAGCCCCGACAGRCCCAYRCCUCCCUUUCCCUCAUGGACUCCCCRCCAAACCAGCCCCAGCAGCCUCCCUCUGCCCACAUGCUCCAGUCUGUUCUGUCCCACACUACCCGCAACAAGAUGGACACCCAGCAAGCUGCUUCUCAGCAGCAGCAGCACUCCAUGAGUCAGCAGGCRAUGAUGGGGGCAGGUGGAGAGGCAGAGCCUGGGGGACAAGCGGGGGUGGAUCCCCAGCCCCAGUCUCAAUCCCAGCUGCAGCUCCAACUCCAGUCCCAGGCUAUGGAGGCCCACUACGGCCAGGCCAGCCAGAACUCGGUUUCUCCGCUGGACAUGCUGGAGCGCACCCUGUCUCGGGCCAACAGCAGAGACGGUGGAGGGGCCGCGGAUAGAAGUGGGGUGGGGGGAGGAGAUGGGGGCAGUAGUGACGGACACAGACAACAACAGCAGCAGCACAGGCUGCCGUCUCAUCACCACUCCCAACAAACUGCCUCCAAGCUUCACAACUUCCUCUCCGAGCCAGACCUGGGAAUAACUACGCCCUCCCACCUGCACCACCUCAACCCACACCACCCCCACGUCCAUCACCAACAGCAGCCCCACCCGCACCACCCCCUCCCGCACACCCAUGCCCACCACCACUCCCACCACCUGGCGACCAACGCAGGGCCGCAGCAGCAGCCUCCGCCCCAUCAGAGGGACCAGGAGCCCCAGCUCUGCCAAUCCCAGUUAGACCAGCUCAAAGAGCACCAGUUUGACACUGUGAGCCCRGUGGGGAAAGCGGGCCAGAACCAAGGCCAGCAGCAGCAGCAKAGGUUUGUGCCUCUGACCUCCAUCUGUUUCCCAGACUCCCUCUUACAGGAUGAGGAUCGCUCCUUCUUCCCCGGCAUGGAGGAUAUGUUCUGCUCUGARGACUACUCCAAGUCGAGCUGCGCCGGGGGUCCWGGGGCAGGCCAAGGGGUSCAGGAAGGUAUGUCUGAGGCACGUGMACAGGGWCCAGACAGCAUGGAGGACGUCAAGYCCAGUGAUGGAGGAGGUGMSUAUGARYUGAUGGGUCACCAUGGCGACCAMGGMUARGGGUACUGCCACYGCCUCACGGAWACAGAAAACAGCACCAUGCAUCUGGACCUGGACUCCCUGAAAACCCAUGAGCUCCCCUCCACUGUGAACACAGAGCAGCUCGGCCUCAUCCAGUCCCAGACCCCAYMCCUUGGCUUYGGGGMUCCAGYGGGAGUUCCUGGGGACGGCUCCGSCAACAAGAUGAUUGGGGGUACGGGCGUGGGUGGAGGMUCUGGUCUGGCRGGGCUGACGUCGCCCAUCUUCUGCUCCUCCCGACCCAAGAAGCUGCUGAAGACCAGCUCCUUCCACCUGCUGAAGCAGCGRCGKGACCCGCAGCCGCAGGCCAAGAAGAACUACGCCCAGGAGUARGAGUUCGAGGYRGACGAGGACAAGGCUGAUGUUCCCGCUGACAUCCGCCUGAACAGCCGGCGGCUCCCUGACCUCCUCCCCGACCUGGUGUCCAGCUGCAGGAAGGCUGGAGGAGGAGGGGCCUCGGGGYUGGGCUCCCUCAGCCCUCUGAUGGGRGACCUGGACUUCUGCCACCCGUCCGGCUACCCCUCCCUUGGKCCCCCUCCCCAGCUCCUACCCCACGACGGGCCCAAGAAGAGGGGCAGGAAACCAACAAAACCCAAACGUGAAGGGCCGCCUCGGCCCAGAGGGCGCCCUCGCAUCCGCCCGCUACCGGAGCCGCCCUACUGUAGGGGGCUGAUGGGAAAUGUAGGCGGGGAGACCCGCAGGGGUCGUGGGCGGGGUAGGGGGCGUGGCAGGAAGGAGGAAGGGAUGAUAGAGAUGCACCGAGACAUGAACAAAGUACCCGACCUCCAAUAUCAGCAACAACAACAGCAGUUCCACCAACAACAGCACUUUCAACAACAGCAGCACCAACACCAUCACCUCCAACCGCAGCAAAAUCUACAACAUCAACAGCAGCACCUACAACACCUUCAUCAACAACAACAAGCACAGCAUCCACAGCACCAUAAAACUUUCAAGCCUAUCAAGAUCAAGCUGCCUAUUCCCUCUAUGUCUCCCUCUGACUCCUUGCUAAGGACAGACUCCCUGUCCAGCACCGACCCGGUUCUCUCUGACGGGUCAGUGGGCUCGGCUCCCUCCCUGGGCCUGAGUCCUGGACCCACUGCUGGGAUGGACAUGAACAUGACCAGGAGCCAGGAGAAGAUGAAGCAGAAAGCUCAAGCCCAGGAGAUGACGUGGGAGAGGGACAUGGAUGAGCAGCUGACCCCAGAGGCUUGGGCUGCCAUGCAGAAGCUCUCCAACACGACAGAGGACAAGCCCCCGGAGCUGAAGUCUAAUUUCAUGGCCUCCUUCCUGGACUUCCUCAAAACGGGGAAGAAGCAGCCUGAAUCUGGACCUGGUGGACCACAAGACCUAGGAGGGCCAGUGGAAGGAGCUGAAACCACAGACUCUUCUUCCCUGAAGGGUAGGAUCCUGUCCCCGCCUCCCCCUCCUCCACCCCCUCCGUUUGGGGACAGUAGCGAGGGCGAGGACGGGCUGAGUCCCUGUAAGCGUCUGGACGACGAGCUGAAGAGGAACCUGGAGACACUGCCGUCCUUCUCCUCCGACGAGGAGGAGGACUCUGUCAGUAAGAACCAGGACCUGCAGAAGAGCAUCUCCUCGGCCAUAUCUGCCCUUUACGACACGCCCCAUUCACUGGCUGCAGCCGUGGCUCUGCCCCCACCCAGCCCAUCUCCGUCUCAGAGCCCAUCGCUGCCACCAACGCCGCCGCCUGUGGCCCAAAUGCAGGAGGACGUAGUCGAUCUGGAGGAGCAGGACAAUGAAGUAGAGACAAACAUGCAACUUCACAACACACAGGCCAACACACAGCCAAAUACACCGUCCCCAGAACAGGAAGGACUGAAUGGGAUGGACAGAGAGGAUGAACGACAAGAGGAGAUGGAGAAAGAGGAGGAAGAGAAGGAGAUGGAGAAGAAGAGGGUAAAGGAAGGCCUGAAUGUAGAGCGCAGGGGAGUGGAGGAAGAGGUAGAUGAGAGAGAAGAGGAGGAGAGAGAGCCUGAGUUUGAGAUGCUGGAUGCUCCUAAAGUGGAAGAUUCUCCAUCCGGGCCUCCCCUCGCCCCCGCACCUUUCCCCAUCCCUCCCCCGUCCCUCUCACUUCUUCUCCCCUCCCCCCACACUCCCCACCCCCCUCUGCCCUUCCAGCAUGAGGAUGAUGAAGAGGAGCAGAGCCGUCCCCCAACAAACCCACCACACCCACAACCCCUCGCCUCUCCUCCCCCAGCUCUCGCCCCGGCCUGCCCUCACCACCCUCCCUUCCCCUGCAAUGCCCCCUCAACUACCCCCCUCCUUCUCCUCCUCCCCUUUCGGAUGCUCAGAGCUGGCCAGUUCCUUCACUCCUCGCCCUCCUCUUCCCCACCCUCACCCCCCACCCCUGAGGAUGCGCCAGCCCCCAAGAUCACCUCUCUGCACCUGGCCAAAAAGCAGGACAAUGCGGCCAUCGCUGGAGAGAGCGAGGAGGAGGACAGCGAGAGUGGCGGCGAGGGCAUCUUCCGGGAGAGGGACGAGUUUGUGGUGCGGACUGAGGACAUUGGCACGCUCAAGAUGGCCCUGCAGACCGGCCGUGAGCCACCACCCAUCUGGAGAGUGCAGAAAGCCCUGCUGCAGAAGUUCAGCCCUGAGAUCAAAGACGGACAGAGGCAGUUCUGUGCCACCAGUAACUAUCUGGGCUACUUUGGCGAUGCCAAGAUGCGGUACCAACGUCUCUAUGUGAAGUUCCUGGAGAAUUUCAAUAAAAAGGAUUAUGUCCGUGUGUGCUCACGUAAACCCUGGCACAGACCUAGACUCAUGUUGAGGCGUCAAUCACUCCCAUCGCUCCCCAAGCCACCUCCCCCUGCCAUCAGUCAAACUCCACCCCGAUUGGAGCGAGAUGAGAGGGAGCGGAAGGAGAAGGAGCAGAAAGAGAAGGAGCAGAAAGAGAGGGAGCAAAAAGAGAGGGAGCAAAAAGAGAGGAAGCAAAAGGGAAAAGAGAAGGAGCAGAAAGAGAGAGCCCCCCAGUGA